ACAUAAGAAUAACAAAGAUAAUUGGGUCAGAGGGCAGUGGCCCCCAAAUCGUCAGUCUACGUACAACGGUAUUGUAGAUAGGUUUGUAACUGCAAAUUUGUGAAAAUGUGGUUAAAAAUUGUGCUUCUUGUUUUUAGUGUGACGACUUCUAGCUCCCUAGACGUGGGAGGAGUGAUCUCCGGUAACAGGAUGGGGGCAAUUCCCUUAGGUGUCUCCUUAAGCGAAGGCGAGCUGGAUGUGGAAGGGAUCUGCAGCGAGCAAGGAGUCGCUUGUCUGAACUGUUCUAUGGCUAUCAAGUGUGUGAUACUGCCCGUCGGAUGGCUAAAGAUCCCAUUAGAGUCUUGUGGGGCAGGCACGACUUGCAACGCCCGUCACGGUGGGUGUUCGAAACAGCACGUUCCUGAGUGCGACCUAGCUACUGACGAAUAUCAACACUCAUGCGAACAGAUCGGCAUAUUUCCUGACGCACACGACUGCAGGAAGUUCCACAUCUGCUCGCCUCCAGAAGGCAGUCUAGAUGGCAAACCAGCGGACCAUCGUAGCUCCCUCUGCCCGAGACACUAUGGCUACAAUCCAGCGACUGCUCAGUGCUCGAUUCCACUGAAUAACGGCCAAUGCGAAACAAGACCAGUACCCAAAUGCACCAAAAUCGGUGAAACAGGCGUUCUUUCCAGCAGCCCUAACCACUACUACGUCUGUCGCUCGAAGAACUGGCACCUGAAGCCACAAAUCUUCCUCUGCCCCCACGGCUGGAUGUUCGUUGACGGCUUUUGCCAACCAGGACUUAGCCAAAAUACCAAUGCAGUGAGCACGUUAAGAUCACUCGGUUUCGCGGACGCAGAAUCAGGCGUCCAUAGAUUCCAGGGCCUUGCUUACAACGAUAAUAACGAGAGUGUCAGCACCGAGAAGCCCACCACAUCAUCAGUAUACAUGGCCCUGUUUUCCACGGAGAAGACCAGCACAUACACGCCUGACACUUUCUUGGCUGACAAGUUUGAUUUAUCCAAUUACGACGUUUUUGAUGAUGGCCAAAGAACCUCAGAUUCCAAUUCCUGGGAAAGUAGUAAUGUUUCUUGGUAGAAGUUGCGAUUUAAGAAUGUCAACGUCGGUACUACAGCUUAGCAAAAAAGAGUAGAAAAGGAACUAUUUUUUUUUGGUUCCGUAGUCGACUACUCGACCAGGAACCCUUAUAGUUUCGCCAUGUCUGUUUGUCCGUCCGUCCGUCCGCGGAUAAUCUCAGUGACCGUUAGCACUAGAAAGCUGAAAU